AUGAUGCAAGAUCCAUGGAAGCUGGAGGAGGGAUUUUCAGCCAGCGGCCACCAGAGCAAAAUCGACAUUACCCACGAAUCCGAGCAGAAGGGUACGACGCCGACAGCUGCCCCGGCCGACCCGCCGAAGGAGCCGCCGUCGGCGAAGCAGAGGACCAAGCGAGUAGCGACCUUGGACGCCUUCAGGGGUUUCACAAUUGUGUUGAUGAUACUUGUGGAUGAUGCUGGGUCGGUUUGUCCAGCGGUGAUGGAGCAUUCGCCGUGGGACGGGUGCACGUUGGCUGAUUUUGUGAUGCCAUUUUUCCUCUUCAUUGUGGGGGUAGCCAUUGCCCUUGCCUUGAAGAGGAUUUCAAGGUUCGAUUUCGCAAUAAGAAAGAUUACUCUGAGGACGUUGAAGCUUCUCUUUUGGGGAAUUUUGCUGCAAGGAGGUUAUUCUCAUGCACCGGAUCAUUUAACUUAUGGAGUCGACUUGAAGAAAAUCCGAUGGUUCGGCAUUCUCCAGCAGCGAAUAGCUUUGGUGUACUUUGUUGUGGCUUUAAUAGAAACUCUGACCACCAAGCUCAGGUCGACUAGCCUAGAACCAGAUCAUUUCUCGAUUUUCACUGCCUACAAAUGGCAAUGGUUCGGCGGAUUUGUUGCAUUUGUGAUCUACAUGGUCACAAUAUUCUCUCUUUACGUACCGGAUUGGAGUUUCGUGGUGUACCACGAUUACAGGCCCCAAAAAUACACUGUAAAAUGUGGGAUGAGAGGGCACUUGGGACCUGCGUGCAACGCAGUUGGUUAUGUGGAUAGACAAGUUUGGGGUAUUAAUCAUCUAUAUGAGAAACCGGCUUGGAGACGGUUAAAGGCUUGUACUCUGAGUUCUCCAGGGGCUGGACCACUCCGUGAGGGUGCACCUACUUGGUGUCGAGCUCCAUUUGAACCAGAAGGGCUGCUUAGCUCAAUUUCAGCAAUAAUCUCGGGUACCAUUGGAGUCCAUUACGGCCAUGUUCUGAUUCAUUUCAAGGGUCAUGUAGAACGCCUCAAACAAUGGGUAUCGAUGGCGCUUGUUCUGCUGACGCUCGCCUUAAUUCUCCAUUUUACGGAUGCUAUUCCCAUCAACAAGCAACUCUACAGUUUCAGCUAUGUUUGCGCUACAGCUGGUGCUGCUGGCAUUGUGUUCUCCGGAUUCUACAUAUUGGUUGAUGUAUGGGGAAUCCGAAAGCCAUUUGUGUUCUUGGAAUGGAUCGGAAUGAAUGCGAUGCUCGUUUUUGUCAUGGCAGCCGAGGGGAUUUUUGCGGCAUUUAUAAACGGAUGGUAUUUCGAGAAUCCGCAUAACAAUCUGGUAAAUUGGAUUCAACAGCAUGUUUUUACCGGUGUAUGGAAAUCCGAGCGUGUGGGUACUUUGUUAUAUGUAAUAUUUGCCGAAAUCACAUUCUGGGCAGUGGUCUCAGGCAUCUUGCACAAACUUGGUAUUUACUGGAAAUUGUGA